GGCAGUGCAUCAUUGCAACAGUCUCGGGAUCGGUACCAAGCUAGCUACUCCACGCAACGCCAUGGAGAACCAAUGUAUUAACCAGACUAAACCAAGUGGCACAACUACCUGGAUUGGAAUUCGGUCAAACAUGGAUCAUCCAAAUUUCAAUUGGACCACAGUAGAUGAUGGAAACAAUAUUUUGUUUCACCCUUGGGCUGAUGGACAACCUAACCAUGGAGUAUAUAUUCAAUUGUGUGUGACAAUGUGGUACAACCCAAGCCACAAUGCCUAUGGAGCUCGAUGGGAUAAUCUACAAUGCAGCCUUCAUUCUCAAAAAUCUGUUUGCCAAAGACAACAACCAAUAACAACAGUGGUGACAACACCAACUACUACUCCCACCACAACAUCAACUACUAUACUGACUACCACAUCAACUAUGACACCAGCCAAUCCACUAACCACUAAUCAUGUGACCACACUAGUGACGACUUCACCGGAAAUAACCCAGCCUAAGACAUUACUCAAAUCGCCUAUGUCUUCAUCGUCACUGGCGGAACCAGCGUCAACUGACAUUAGCGCAACUACAAGACAUUCAAGCAGUCCAAGCCAGCCUACCCACGUUGCUGUAAUACCUUCAGUGGUAGUAUGUUGUGCUCUCGUCAUCAUCAUCACGAUCAUCACCUUGGCUUUUGUGGGUCGGCGACGAAAGAAAAGAAUGGCUGUAACCAUCACCGACGAUGCUCCGUCAAGUACACCGCAACAAUGUCAAAGCCAGUGCAAAAAUGCAGCCCUUGGCUGUCUACCAAGUCUGGAUGUAUAUGAACCCAUGGACCCAAUGACAGGGAAUACUUAUACAACCUCUCUGACGGAGAGUGCCGCCCUACCAAUUGCUGGGAAUACGGGAAUGGAUCAACAUUUUACAGCAGAGGCAGCAACCACAACAACGCUAGGCUGGGUGGACACCACCCGGCACAGGAAAUCAGGCAAUGAUGAAGGAAAUCUGCUUCCAGAGGAUAUGCCGGCAGCGUGUGGUAGGACAGGCGCGGCUCACGUUGAUGCUUCUACCAUGAUCACCAGCAAGUGUGCAGAGCAAGAAGACAAUCAACAUACCUACAUGUAUAUCACAACGACUGGUUGUGCAAGUAAUGGCGGGGAUACCCUAGGAGCACCUAGUGACGUCACCGAAGUCUACUAUUGUGCAACGGAUGAGUUCACAGAUGGUGAACAAGCUUUCACGGGGGAGUACAUCAACGCUGCGUCAGUUCUCACCAAUAACUGUCCUCCCCCUACGAAACGCCUGGUACCCACUACAGCUGUCUAUAUCAACAGCAGUGCCUGUAAUGAAAACCGGUUUAAACCAGCCAAUCCGGACAAUGGACAUCUUGACGAUGUGCCCCUAGCUCUCCUUCCAGCGCCACCAGAAGAUGAUCUUUACCAAGACUUGCAGCCUUCCAACAACGACGAAGUGUACAUCAAUCCAUACCUCCCAGUAAAAGGGCCAUGAUUAAUGCCAUGAUUAAUGCCUUGCAGCUCAUAGCCGCAUCCAUCAAAUGCAGCCAUGCACGAAAACAGAAAGCCAGUAGAUGCCACAUCUGACCUCGCGUUCUAAUUAUGUUCACAUGGCACCCGGAGUGCUUUUUAAAGCAUUGUUCAUCAGCCUUUCUAUUUUCAUUUUUUUCAUUUGAGUUUCCUUGGUGUUCUUUCUCAUAGCCAAAAUGUUGUUUUUGAGAUUUUUCCUUGGGUUCACCGACACCAAUUGCUUGGAUUUUUUAUUUGGUUAGCAUUGAUACACCCUAUAAGUGCAUGACUGUAUAUAGCAUUUCCUGAAUUCUCUACUUCCUUGCAUUUAAAGAGAUUUUCCGGAGAGCCCUGCCAGGAAGAGGUUUGAGCAGCACUGCAGAAGCGAAAGUUCAAGCACCAGCCACCUCAUGGGGAGAACACUAUGCCGUGACAAUGUCACCAAUAGCAAGCUAUAACCUCUACACACAUCUCAGGAGCAUCAUUUCUAAUCACACAGUUGUCCCUCGUAAAGUAUCGCAUGCGUGAAGCAAUGGUCGUCGGUGCACUGCUGGACACAGUGCGGUGCAUUUUGGUGUAGUGAUGGACUGUGAUUUUGCAUACAAUGGCACAUUAAUGUUUGGUGUAUGUGUGUGCUAGCUCAGUCAUUAUACCGUAUACUCUUCCGGAAACAGUUGUCUACAUCUUUGACCCAACACCUAUUCGUAUGAUUCCAGCUACAUUCUGAUUCUAUGUUGCACUAACACGUUCACACACAGACAUGGCUCUCUGAAUCUCUCCCACCUUUUCUUCCAACACCUUUCACCAGUGCUGCUAUACAAUCCACAAAACACACACAAAACACACACACACACACUCACACACACACGCACACACACACACACACACCUAUUAUAUCUGGCCCUUUUGUUUUCUUCACCUGCAUUCUUCUCAUCACUUUCCUACAGCGCCCCACUGCAUACUAGUAAACUUGUCAAUUCCUUGGUAGUGUGCAUUUUUGUUUCACUGUUUCAACUAUUACUUUAACGAUGGGCUACAC